AGAGCUAGGGGGAUUAUGCCGAAAAUGGGAACAUGUUUUUAAUCGCAGUAGUAAUUUCGGUCUUAUUACGUCAGAAGCUUGUAACAUGUACUGGUUUGGAUUCUUCGUUUGAUAAAAUUGGGAACACUAGUGGACACAGGAAAGCAGGAGGCCUCGAGGAAGGAAUUAUUCAAGUCGGAGAUAUGUUAUUUUACGACAACGAUUUUUUCAAUAAUGGGACACUUAAGGGAGCCAUAACGACGGCAGAGCGACUGUGGGAUGGGGGCGUUAUUCCGUACGAAAUUGACGAAUAUUUUGAAAGGAAUUGGCCCCUUAUCCUGGAGGCUAUGCAACAGUACGAGGAUUUCACCUGCGUCAAAUUUGUAGCUCGGACGACGGAGGUGAAUUACCUCUACAUCGAGCAGGGGACCGCUGGGUGUUCAACUUUUGUCGGGAAUUUAAGGCGGGGAAAGCAAAUAUUGCGGUUGGGGCGGGGCUGUCUGUUCAUCGGGACUGUGGUGCAUGAGCUGGGUCACACGGUCGGUUUCCACCACGAACACAAUAGGAUCGACAGGGAUGAAUAUAUCGACGUUUUGUGGGAGAAUAUUCAACAAGGAUCUGAGCGACUAUUUGUUAAAACGCCUGCGUCAAAAGAGUGGCUGAUUAACGGGUAUGAUAUCGACAGCAUCAUGCACUACGGGGAGACGGCCUUUUCCAAGGACGGGGUCAGCCCGACGAUGAAGAGUAAGGACGGCCGGCCAAUUUACGACCCCUGGGGGAAACCUGGUCUCGACUGGAGUGAUAUUUAUAGGAUUAAUAAGCUUUAUAAUUGUUAGUGUAUCGGUAAAAAUUUGACAAGCGAAAAUGAGACUGGUUGAGCAACUUGUUUCAAUCAUCAUGUCUGAAAACAAUUUGUAUUUUAUGGUACACUUGAUGGGAUCGAGUGAGUUUUCUGGAGACCGAUC